GGAGAGUUGCUCUGCCAGAGGGGCCAGAUUCGGUGCAACGACACGCUUCUGUACCAGGAGAGUGCGGAGUCCUUCCUGUUCGUGCUGCUGAACCUGGGGCCCGAGGCCGCCGGCCGCACCUUCCACUGCCAGCUCACCCUGGAAAUAAACCACGUGGAUUUCACCCAGAGGGGAGAGGGAACCACUCUGGAUCUGAGCGAGGAGCCCCAGACCGAGAGGCAAAGCUCUCUGGGUGUUGUGCACAAAGUGCCUGGGCGGUGGUCCUCCAGGACGUCCCCGAAGUGUCCUCACACCGCCAUGGUUGAGCUCCUUCUUCCUGUGACGAUGGAGGAGGCCGAGCUCUGCUUUCCUCAGGUCAACACCUCCUGCAGGACGCUGCAGCGUCCUCAGUCUGAGGUCAUAGUGACUGUAGUUACUCUGUCCUCCAUCUCUCUGGUCACUGCGAUUCUCAACCUGCUGGUCAUCAUCUCCAUCUCACACUUCAGGCAGCUCCAAACCCCCACCAACCUCCUCUCUCUGGCUGUCGCGGACUUUCUUGUCAGCCUUAUUUUGAUCUUUCAGAUGAUGCUCAUGGACAGCUGCAUGUUCCUGAGUGACAUAAUAUGUAAUCUGUAUGAGUACCUGGCUUACAUCGUCACCUCGGCCUCCAUAGGAACCAUGGUAAUCAUUUCUAUUGACCGUUAUGUGGCCAUUUGCCACCCUCUGCAUUACUCCACCAAAGUUACACAGAAAAGAGUGAAAAUCUGUGUCUGUGUGUGUUGGAUCUGCUCUGUGGUGUUUCAGGGUCUGGUUCUGAAGGAUAACCUGAAGAAACCUGAAAACGUUGACUUCUGCCUAGGGCAGUGUGCCUUCGUUAGUAACCAAAUAGUCGGUUACAUUGAUAUGACCUUUUCCUUCCUGGUUCCCAUCACUGUGAUAGUAGUUCUGUAUCUCAGGGUGUUUGUGGUGGCGGUGUCUCAGGCUCGGGCCAUGCGCUCUCAUAUCGCUGCCACCCACCUCCAGAGCUCAGUAACUGUUAAAAAGUCUGAGCUGAAAGCAGCCAGAACUCUGGGCAUUGUUGUGCUCGUGUUUCUUCUGUGCAUGUGUCCAUUUUACUGCAUCGCUCUCUCAGGCCAAGAAAGCGCUCUCAGUACAGAAUCUGCUACACUUGUCAUAUGUUUGGUCUACUUUAACUCCUGUGUGAACCCCAUAAUCUAUGUGUUUUUCUACCCCUGGUUCAGAAAAUCAAUUAAACUCAUUCUGACCCUUCAGAUACUGAAGCCCGACUCCUCUGACAUCAGCAUGAUGUGGGGAAACUCUGAGAGGACAGGGAUAAAAAAGACUCAGUCUUUUGGAGUCCAGCAGCUCCUUCUUCCUGUGACGAUGGAGGAGGCCGAGCUCUGCUUUCCAGAGCUCAACACCUCCUGCAGGACGCUGCAGCGUCCUCAGUCUGAGGUCAUAGUGACUGUAGUUGCUCUGUCCUCCAUCUCUGUAUUCACUGCGAUUCUCAACCUGCUGGUCAUCAUCUCCAUCUCACACUUCAGCCUUCUUUUGAUCUUUCAGAUGAUGGUAAUGGACAGCUGCAUGUUCCUGAGUGACAUAAUAUGUAAUCUGUAUAAGUACCUGGCUUACAUCGUCACCUCCGCCUCCAUAGGAACCAUGGUAAUCAUUUCUAUUGACCGUUAUGUGGCUGUUUGCCACCCUCUGCAUUACCCCACCAAAGUUACACAGAAAAGGGUGAAAAUCUGUGUCUGUGUGUGUUGGAUCUGCUCUGUGGUGUUUCAGACUCUGGUUCUUAAGGAUAUCCUUAAGCAACCCGACAACUAUGACUUUUGCAUAGGGCAGUGUGCCUAUGUUAUUACCUACUUAGCAGGAUACAUUGAUUUGACCUUCUCCUUCCUGGCUCCCAUCACUGUGAUAGUAGUUCUGUAUCUCAGGUCUGAGCUGAAAGCAGCCAGGACUCUGGGCAUUGUUGUGCUCGUGUUUCUUCUGUGCAUGUGUCCAUAUUACUGUGUCGCCCUCUCCGGCCAGGAUAGCGCUCUCAAUGCUUCAUCUGCAGCCUUCGUUAUAUGUCUGUUCUUCUUUAACUCCUGUUUGAACCCCAUAAUCUAUGUGUUUUUCUACCCCUGGUUCAGAAAAUCAAUCAAGCUCAUUGAGGAGGAGAGGAGCUUAAAAAACGGCGGCGGUCAGCGGGAUCCUGGAGGCUGGAAGCUGCUUCCUCCUGAGGCGAUGGAGGAAACCGAGCUCUGCUUCCCUCAGCUCAACGCCUCCUGCAGGAGCCCCAGGCGGCCGCACUUCGAGGUCCUGCUGAUUUACAUCAUGCUGUCCUCCAUCUCUCUGCUCACCGUGACGCUCAACCUGCUGGUCAUCAUCUCCAUCUCACACUUCAGGCAGCUCCACACCCCCACCAACCUCCUCCUCCUCUCCCUGGCCGUUUCGGACUUCUUUGUGGGGCUCCUCAUGUCCUUCCAGAUCAUGCUGAUCAACGGCUGCUGGUUCCUGGGGGAGGCCCUGUGCGUUCUGUAUCAGUACCUGGCCUACACCAUCACAGCGGCCUCCACAGGAACCAUGGUGAUCAUUUCUAUCGACCGUUACGUGGCCGUGUGCUACCCUCUGCACUACCCCAGCAAAGUCACGCAGAAAAGAGUGAAAAUCUGCGUCUGUGUGUGUUGGAUCUGCUCCGCCUUGGUCCAGUUUCUGAUCCUGAAGGAUGACAUCAGGCAGCCGGGCCGGUUCAACUCCUGCCUGGGGGAGUGCAUCAUCGUGGUGAACUACAUAGUGGGAUACGUCGAUAUGACCUUCUCCUUCCUGGUUCCCAUCACUGUGAUAGUAGUUCUGUAUCUCAGGGUGUUUGUGGUGGCGGUGUCUCAGGCUCGGGCCAUGCGCUCUCAUAUCGCUGCCACCCACCUCCAGAGCUCAGUAACUGUUAAAAAGUCUGAGCUGAAAGCAGCCAGGACUCUGGGGAUUGUUGUGCUUGUGUUUCUUGUCUGCAUGUGUCCGUAUUUCUGCGUGGCCAUCACCGGACAGGAUCACCUGCUCAAUGCCGCGUCUGCUACGUUUGUGAUAUUCCUCAUUUAUCUGAACUCCUGCCUGAACCCCAUCAUUUACACGUUUGUUUACUCCUGGUUCAGAAAAUCGAUGAAACUCAUUGUGACCCUUCAGAUCCUGAAGCCUGACUCCUCUGACAUCAGCAUCAUAUCAGGAGAGGAUGCUCAAUGCUCCCUCUGCAGCCUUCUCCCGUUUACAUCACGUUUCAUCAUGGUCACGUUUAGCUGUUUGCUCCUUUUGUUCACGGCCCUGCCUGACCUCUGCUCCUCUCAUCCUCCUGCUUUGUUCACAGAAUUUGCAUUUCAAAGCCUCUCAGAUUACAACUGUCAGCUUGAUCUGGAGCGUGGCGAUCAGCCUCACGCACCUCCUGAACCAGGGGUAGAAGAUGGUGUAGAUCAGGGGGUUGAGGGUGGAGUUGAAGUAGAAGAGGAGCACGGCCACGGAGGCGGCGCUCACGCCGGCGUCCCGAGCCGCCAGCGUGACGCAGAAAAAGGGGCACGUGCACACCAGGAACGCGGCCACCACCACGGCCAGCGUGCGCACGGCUUUGGCCUCGGAGCUCCAGCUCCUCGCGCCGAGCCCCAGGGGCCUCUGGGCCCUCUGGGCCCUCAUGGCCCGGGCCUGAGUCACCACCACCACGAACACCCGCAGGUACAGGACCACGGUGACGGAGACGGGGCCCACGAAGGAGAACAGCAGGUCGCACAGGCCGCCCACCGGGUCCACGAACAGCACGCACUCCCCCGAGCAGGACGCGUACAGGCCGGGCUUCCUCAGGCCCUCCAUCAGCAAAAGGCAGUGGAACAGGGCCGAGCCAAUCCAGCACAGGGCCACGCACAGCCUCGCCCUGCUCAGAGUCACCUUCCCGGGGUAGUGCAGAGGGUAGAAGAUGGCCACGUAGCGGUCGACCGAGAUGAGCACCAUGGUUCCUAUGGAGGCCGAGGUGAUGACGUGGUCCAGGACCCAGUACAGGACGCACAUGGCGUCGCCCAGGAACCAGCAGCCGUCUAUCAGAGAGAUCUGGAGGGAAAUGAGGAGGCCCACCAUGCAGUCCGAGACAGCCAGGGAGAGGAGCAGGAGGUUGGCCGGGGUGUGGAGCCUCCUGCAGAAACGACAACACAGCUC